AUGGCCGUUGGUAAAUGGAUAGUUCGAACAGUUCUUGCAUCUGUUUUUAUUACUUUAGGUACAAUUAAGAUAGUCCCGUACGUUGGUAAAGAUGUACACAAGCACAUGAGUCAGGAAUUUAUUAAAUUUGCUUCCGUUUUUCCGCUGAAAUAUAUUGGAUUCACAAUUGGAGCAAAACGCUAUAUGCAAUUAACUGGAAUAUUAGAAGUUAUUUGUGGCUCGCUUCUCAUUUUUAGUUCAGGAUCCUUACGAACUAUCUGCAGGUCCGCUUUGACGGUAACAAUGGUUGCUGCUAUAUACACUUUGGGAGCUUUACGAUAUAAUCCAGUCGAAUUUAUACCUGCAAUCGUCUGUCUCAGCUUGCUGAUUAUUGAUAGAAAAUUGACUGAUAAUGAUAUCUACUUUAAGAGAAGCACAAAUAUGAUUUGUAUACCAAAAGAAGCAAUACGUUGA